AGAGAGAGAGAGAGACGUGUAGAAAUAGAGUAAGGAAAAAAAUUCAAGUUAAUAGAUGUGUAGGAGAAAAGAAAAGAAAGAAAUGGAGAAAAAGAUAUAGGUAGAAAUGGAGAUUUUUUGAAUCCCUGUGCCGAAGAUUGUUUGUCUUUUUACCGAUUUUAAGUGAUACGCCUAAAGGAGCAUAUUAAUUAAGCAAAUAAACUGUGAUCCAUCAUCGAGACGUGGAAGUCGGUGGUGGAAGAACUGCUGGAUAGGAGGACGACCGGAGGAGCAGGUCGAUGAGGAAGAGGAAGAGGAAGAGGAGCAAGAGGAAAAAGAGGAAGUAACGCAAUGGAGAAUAGCGAAAAAGUGCGUGUUGUAGAGAACAUUGAUGGCGAAGCCGCGUCGUCCAGCGAUAAUUCCGAGAGAGAAGCAAAUUCGACGCGUUCUGAAAAGGAACAUCGCGUAUCACCUUCGGAAGAGAAUCCUUCUAUUACCCCCACAGAUGAAAGUCAUACUUCAACCUCAGCAGACGAGUCGACUGCAACAUCCGAAGAUGAUUACGGCUGUGAGCACUAUAAACGGAAAUCGAAGUUUGUGACACCUUGCUGCAAUAAGGUUUAUACAUGCCGGUUUUGUCAUGAUGAACAAGAAACACAUACUGUGAAUAGAAAAGAAGUAACAGAAUUAAUAUGUGUUCUAUGCGAUACUCGUCAGCCUGUACAGGCUAUGUGUCAAAACUGUCAUUGCCAUUUUGGAAAAUAUACCUGUUUAGAAUGCAAUCUUUUCGAUGAUGAAGAUAAGAAUCAAUACCACUGCGAUGGUUGUGGAAUAUGCAGAGUUGGCGGACGGGAUAGAUUUUUUCAUUGUGCCAAGUGCAAUAUGUGUCUCCCUAUUCAGCUACAAAAUGGUCAUACGUGUGUGGAAAAUGUAUCACAUGCAAACUGUCCCGUUUGUUUAGAGGAUAUUCACACAAGUCGGAUUCCUUGCCAUAUCCCAGGUUGUGGGCAUUUGCUUCAUCGGACUUGUUUUGAGGAAUUGUUACAUUUUGGUCAUUAUGCGUGUCCUACGUGUCAGGUAUCUCUUUUAGAUAUGACAGACCUAUGGAGAUUUCUUGAUAUGGAAGUAUCUUUAACACCAAUGCCAGAAGAAUAUAGGGAUUAUAAGGCAGAUAUUUUAUGUAAAGAUUGUCACGAGGAAUCUACUGUGAAAUAUCAUGUUGUUGGAUUAAAAUGUUUGAAUUGUGGUAGUUAUAAUACCUGCAGAGUCAAGGGAUCUCCUUCGCCUGAUGAUAAUGCUUUAGACGAGGCAGCUGGUGGUAGCAGUACAGGUGACAUGGAACAAUCUCAGAGAUAGAGUUUUAAGUAUUAAAGGAUAAAUUUAUUAAUUUACAAUAGAAUGCGGAACAGAAUUAAUGAGAAUACUUUGGAACGCAAUUUGGAUCAAUGUUUCCACAACGUAUUUUUUAAUAUAUUCCAUUAUUUGUGCUGUUUAAUGAUAUUUUGAGAUUACUGUUUUUAAUAUAAAAUUCUAACAAGGGGAGACCGGAGUGCAAGAGGCUUAGAUUUUUUCAAACUUUGCGCACUUGUAGUAGUCCUUGAAAAUAUACAUUAUACUUUAAAAAAGAACGAAAUCUCCAACCGUUUGCGAAAAAACGGGGGUAGAAAUUUCGCAAAAAUUCUUAUAUUCACUUUUUUUUUCUUCGGUAGCGUAAUAGGUAGCAACGCGGUCCCAUGUGUCUCUUAUGUCACCGGAUCGAUUCCUCGACAGGGAAAAUUAUUCUUUUCCUUGAUUUUUUUUUAUCUUUUUAUUUCUUAUUUCCAAUAUUGUAAAGUAUGUUAAUUUAGGUUAACUUUUUUUUUUUAGAAAAAAGAAAUAAGUGAAUAUAAGAAUUUUUGUGAAAUUUCUACCCCCGUUUUUUCGCAAACGGUUAGAGAUCUCGUUAUUUUUAAAUGUACAAUGUGUAUUUUCAAGGACUACUACAAGUGCGCAAAGUUUGAAAAAAUCUCUCUGCCUCUCGCAUUCUGGCCUCCCCUUGUAAAUAGAUAAUGACCAUUAAUUGUUAAAAAUCUUAGUUAAAAAAUAUAUUUGCUGUACAUUUAUAUGUGCAUGUUUAAAAUUUAGAACAUAGUAGGUAUAUUAACACGUUAACUGCUGCGUCAGAAAAUUCUGAUCAGGCUGCGUUAUCCGUAUUCGGGUGAUGCUUAUUUGAGCACUUACAAGGUAAGUUAGUAGGUAUUUGGAAAGAUAUUUCACAGGAUAUAAUUUCACACAAUAAAUUCACAAUUAGUUCGAGUCCAUUUAUGCAUCCGUGAAGAUGGGGUUAACUCAGAUUUAUUUAAUUUUUGUUCAGCAUAUCUAUUUGUUUCUAAUAAUACAAGCAAGUCUAUUAUUUCGUCAUCAACAAACAAAGUAAACACAUCGUAGGGAUUGAUAUUGCUAGGUAAUUUUUUAAUAAGAUUGCCUGUUUCAGUAAAAGAAAAUGAUUGUUGCCGACAACUAAAUUCGUUCCAUUUUCUAAGCUGAAUUGCAUGUACUUUUUUUAGUAUCCACUGUUCUUUCUUCCUCAAGAACCAAUUUUUGUAAAAUAUGAUCAAUAAUAUCUAUGUCACAUUUACUAUUACUGCAUUUAUUAAUAUCCGAAUCAAAAUCUGACUAUGUAAUUAAACAAUAGACCCAAUAUGUUUACACACCUAUAUAGAGUAAGUUUCAAUCUUAAAAGUGCACCAUGGUAUAACAGUGCACAUGGCUUGACAGAAAUUUUCUUAUAAACUCGCGUGGCAGUUAACGUGUUAAUUAGUUCAAUUUAAAAAUUAGAUCAUAUUUGAAUACAUCAAUAUUACUGAAAUAAGCAUCACAGCUGGAGCUUCGUAGAAGCUUAUAUAAGGAGCUAAGGAAAAACUAAAUGCCGGUAUUUACUUCUUCCUACUUGCUCUGCAAUAUUAAUAAUUUAUAUUUAUAUUCGUCAAAGAGGCAAGGUACAAAUUAUGAUCAUAGUCCGGAAAAAGUCAAAAGAAAUAUACCAGCAUAAUAUACUCCAGUAUUACGUAUUUGAAACUGGUAUGCAUUAAGCAUAAUAAUUGUUUAUGGCUUGUUACUUUUUAAUUUCAUAUACGUUAGACUGGAGAUAAUAUAACAGAUCUUGUUACUUUUAAGUUGAAUGUACAUUAGACCGAAAGUAAUAUAUAAUUUGUUUUUAUAAUACUUUUCUUAGAUAGCAAAAUUAUUAAUAAUAUAAAUCGUAGGGCAUUAUUGAUUCUUGAAAUUGAUAAAUUUACGUAACUGGCACUAAGAACAUCUCUAAUAUAGAUAAGUGUACUAAGGAAUUUUUGAUCAUUACAUUCAAAUAUUUUAAUAAUGUUCUAACAUUUUUUUAAAUGUUCUUUUCAAGAUAAAGUUUAUAAUAUACUCUUUUAAUAUGCAGCAACAAGAGAUAUUUUAAAGCAUAUUCUGCAUGGGAAGAAAUAAAAUUGGACAAAUAAUACAUUUUUUAAUUCACUUUUUUAUCUCUCCAUAGAAUUUUUUCUUGAAUUUUAUAUCGUGCAUUUACUUAUUUGUUAUAAAACUUGUUCACAGUGCUUGGAGUAAUUAUUUUGUAUAUUUGAAUAUAAGUAAGAUUAAAAUAAUUAAAUUAACAAAAUUACAUCAUCUUUCAAAUACUCCAAAAUUGCAUAAUAAAGUUGAGUCAUAGCUGAUUAUUAGAAACUGAUAUGGUAUUUCAUGAUUUGAUGGAAAUUCAUUAUAAAAUUUUAACAUGUCUUUACCUAACGUGUUUUUAUGAAAUUAACAACUAUGUAUAUAUAUAUUGAAAGUAUUAAUUUCUGUUGUUCGAUGGUACGAACCAGUGCAAUUAUAUUUCUGCAUCAAAAAUAUUAAACUAGAUGUCCAUGUGAAGAUAAAUAAUGACCCAUCGAAAGCUAAUUAUAUAUGUACAUAUGUACACCUUCAUAUGUAGUAGUUUUAAUUUCAUUCAACAUUUGUGCUCAUACGGACGUAGUUUGACACAUUUUAUUCGUAUCUAGUUUAACUAUAUAUUGUAUAUUUCAAUGUAGCACAGAAUGUCGUAUGGCAUUUAUAGAUCAGGUACACUUUAGUCGUAUUAUAUCAGUCAGCAAAAAUUAUGUGGUGGUUCAUGUAUAUCAUAUUUCUUCGACUCACUCAUAUCAAAUAACUUAAAAUAAUACUUUUACUACGUUAAAUACCGCAUAUAGCAAUUGAAUAUCUUCGAAUUAGAGCGAAUAUUAAACAGCACCAGAUUUCAACUUAAUAAGAUACAUAGAAUAGUUUGUUAUUUGAGUUUUACUCAUUAUAUGGUAAAACAAACUUCUUUUGUUUCUACCGUUUUUCCAUUCCAAUUCAUUCCAAGGCACGCCGUUAAAGAAAAUAUGUGGCACAUUAUAAAUUUAGGAUUUAGAAUUUAGAAUUUUGGUGUAUCACAUAGUCAUAUUUCACAUCUAUUAUGGCACCUUCCACAAGGCUUCUCGUUGUGGUUUUAUAUAGCCAAAGUAAAACACACAAGUUUUGUGUAACUAUCGUUAUGUUUUUAUUAUUCAAUUGUAAAUUAAAUAUCAAUUACAAAGGCUCUUUGUACAUAACGGGCGCAAUAUUAUGCUUUUGUUUUAUAUAAUAUAGUAUAUCAAAUAAAUUGAUCAUUAUUCAA